ACAGGCCAGUGUGUCAUAACGAAUUGUCAGACAUGCAGGCAAGAAUCUGGUGUGACGUCAUGCUCACGGUGCAAUAGUGGUUACUUCCCCUCAUCAACGACUUGUCAACCCUGUAGCCAGGGAUGUAGAGCGGUGACGUCAGGAUCAACAUGUGAUGGCUUAACCGGAAUUUGUGCUAGCGGUUGUAAUACUGGUUGGAUUGGAGAAAAAUGUGAUCGGUGUGACAGUAAUUAUUACAGUGCUGGGGGUAAUUGUUACCUGUGUAGCGUCAAUUGUGUAAAUUCAUGUGACGGAACCACCGGUAGCUGCUUUGGAGGAUGUCGUCAUGGUUACUGGGGAACACGUUGUGAAAAUACCUGCGAACCUUUUUGUGUACAACAAAGCUGUUACUAUACAAACGGCACCUGUACAACCGGAUGUGUUAAUGGAUUUUAUGAUGAUCGUUGUGAGUCUCCUUGCGGAGCUUGUCAGUGUGAAAGGCAGUCAGGAAAUUGUACCGGGUCGUGCGAUGCUGGAUGGUUUGGAGAAAAAUGUGAAAAAAGAUGUAACUCUGCUUGUUAUCUGAAGACCUGUGAACGGAAUGAUGGCCACUGCACGUACGACUGCCCUACUGGAUUUUACGGACCUUUCUGCAAUAAGAACUGCAGUACCGGAUGUGAUGGAAAGUGCAAUCGAGACACCGGAGUAUGUUCAACUGGAUGCAAGCCUGGAUUUUAUGGAGACAUCUGCACGAAUCCAUGUAAUCCAAACUGUAAGACUGGAUAUUGCUCUAGAUCCGAUGGAUUGUGUGUUGGUGAUUGCAAAGAUGGAUUUUUUGGUGACUACUGCUCUAAGACUUGUGUCAGUUCAUGUAGUGGUAACUGCAAUAAAGACUCGGGUUUUUGUUCUGGCAAGUGUCAAGACGGCAGAUUCGGCGAUUUUUGUGAAAAGCUUUGUACCGCUGGAUGUUCGUCUAACAAUUGCGAUCGGACAACAGGAGUAUGCACGCUCGACUGCAUCUCAGGUUUAUACGGAUUAUAUUGUAACCAAUCUUGUGCGCCUUGUGAUUCAACUGGCUGUGAUAAGUCAAGUGGAAUCUGUAACAGUCAGUGCGAUCCUGGAUAUUUCGGUAGCAUGUGCACAGAACGUUGCUCAUUUGGCUGCCUUAAAGAUGCGUGUCAGAAAAGCAGUGGAGAUUGUAUAGGAGAUUGUAAGGUUGGUUAUUUCGGUGCCAACUGUUCUCAGUUUUGUAGUUCUAACUGUAAUAGCUCCGUUUGUUCAAAAACCUCUGGUGGUUGUUUCAGUUGUACUAACGGUCGAUUUUAUGGUCGAAAAUGUCAAAGUGCAUGUCCAAAUUGCGAUUCACGAGGUUGCUCUUUUGAAACUGGUGUGUGCAUUGGGUCUUGUUUGUCUGGAUAUCACGGGGCUAAUUGCGAUCUUCAAUGUAGCGCAAAUUGUGAAAAUCAGUUCUGUGAUCGAACUUCUGGGAAAUGUUUGAAAUGUAAAGUAGGUUUUUACGGGUUUAAUUGUACGAUGCCUUGUAAUGGAAAUUGUCCGUCAAAUUUAUGUGAACAAGAUACCGGUUACUGUUCUCAGAAUUGUUCAAUAGGUUCUUGGGGCCAAACUUGCACGGAAAGGUGUAGUUCAACAUGUUUUCAAAACACAUGCGAGAGAUAUACAGGGUAUUGUCAUGCUUGCAAUGACGGAUUUUACGGUUUAACUUGCAAUCAGAAUUGUAGUAAUCAAUGCUCGUCGGGAACUUGUGAUCGUUCCAUUGGUUCAUGUAUUGGUUCUUGUAACGUUGGGUUCUAUGGAUAUAAAUGCAAUUUUAAGUGUGUCGAGUACUGUAAUGGCUCUUGCAACCAGGUUACUGGCAUGUGUGACAAUCCUUGUCCACGUGGACGUUUUGGUGAUUACUGCUCUAUGCUCUGCCAGGAAACUUGCUUAGGAGACGAUAACAAAUGCAUUCGAUCUUCAGGUCAUUGUAAAACGGGUUGUGACGUUGGCUAUUUUGGCAACUUCUGUGACUUAACUUGUCCGAAUUGCGACGCUGCUGGUUGCAACAGAUCGAAUGGCUUUUGUAUCGCUUCUUGUAAAGUAGGAUACUAUGGGCCGUCCUGUAACCGUACGUGUAGUCAGACUUGUAAUAACCGUAUGUGUGGAAAAGAUACGGGAUAUUGUAGUAACGGCUGUGCAUUGGGGUAUUUUGGCAACACCUGUGAAAACAUAUGUAACCCAAACUGCGAUUCCUCUGGUUGUCACAGAUCUACUGGUGUCUGUUUAGGCUCUUGUAAACCAGGCUAUUAUAAUCCAACAUGCUCAGUAGUAUGCGGCCCACAGUGCAAAGGUGGAACCUGUGAACGUUUUAAUGGUACCUGCUCGGAAUGUAACAUCGGUUAUUAUGAGGCCUUCUGCAAUUCAACUUGCAGCAAAUGUGACAGUCAGGGAUGCAAUCAAGCCGAGGGUAAAUGUUUUGGAGAGUGCCAGGUAGGGUAUUUUGGAGAAAAGUGCGAAAAACUUUGUAGCCAAAACUGCGCUACCGCAUCAUGUUAUAAGCUUGAUGGUCAAUGCUCUGCUUGCAGAGAUGGUUAUUACGGUCCAACUUGUGCAUCAACAUGUAAUUCAUUUUGCAUCAGUAACAAAUGUAACAAAACCUCUGGUUAUUGUACAUAUGAUUGUCCAAAUGGGAAUAAAGGCAAUUAUUGCAACGAACUCUGUGAUUCAGCAUGCGCAGAUAAUACCUGUGAUAGAUAUAGCGGUGCAUGUGUUAGUAGUUGCAGCGCUGGUAAACAUGGUAAAUAUUGUCAGUUUAAUUGCAAUGCGAACUGUGGUUCUGGAACUUGUCUUAAAGAAAAUGGAGACUGCAUUGGUGGUUGUCGUACAGGGUAUUACGGUAAACAAUGUGAUAUUUUAUGUAGCCGUCAGUGUUCAUCAUCAUGCGAUCUUAUUUCUGGAUUCUGUUUUGGCCAAUGUAAAACCGGUCAUUACGGAAACUUUUGUGAAACUCAGUGUAGCGCUUUUUGUAAAAGUGACACAUGCGAUAAAACCACAGGGGCUUGUACCAUUGGAUGCGACACAGGGUAUUACAGUACAUACUGUAACCAGACAUGUAGUACAUGUGACGACGCCGGUUGUAACGACAGAACAGGCGCUUGCUUAGCCAACUGUGAUGUAGGUUUUUAUGGCUCCCAUUGUGCAUCGCAAUGCCAAAGCACCUGUCAAGGCGCUUGUCAAAAAUCGACAGGACUUUGUUUAAAUUGCCCUACUGGAUACUACGGAGAUUAUUGCUUACAAAGCUGUGCCAACUGCGAUAGCAACGGAUGUGCCAUAUCGGACGGAACGUGCAUCGGAUUAUGUAGAGACAAUUUGUUCCACGGUCAGUAUUGUAAGUCAUCUUGCAACGGAAAUUGUUUAAACGGUACCUGUAAUAAAAUCUCCGGAAAUUGUGAUGCUUGUAUUCAGGGUUACUAUGGUCCAACAUGCACAUUAGCAUGCAAUGGUAAUUGUCAGCAGAAUAUAUGCAGAAGAAAUGACGGAUAUUGCACAAACCCUUGCUCAGAUAGGUACUAUGGACCAACUUGUAAUUCAAUUUGCAGUGUUUACUGCCGAGGCGGUUGCGAUCGAGGAACUGGUGUUUGCAAUGCCUGUAUUGAUGGCCGUUAUGGUGAUUAUUGUGAUAAAACCUGUAACACUACCUGUGCAACUUGGUUGUGUAAUAAAAACGACGGAAAAUGUAUUGGUUCAUGCGUACAAGGCUAUUUUGGAGAUUACUGUUCAUUUCAGUGUAGUGCUUCCUGUGCAGGAAGUUGUAAUAAAACAACAGCUUAUUGCGUCGGAGAUUGUCAGAUUGGGUUCUAUGGAAACUUCUGUGAGUUAGACUGUAGCAUUGGCUGCAUAGGUGGAGUAUGUGCCAGAAGUAAUGGAGUUUGUGGCAGUGGUUGUAAAGGGGGCUUUUGGGGAAUCUUCUGCAAUAGCACUUGUCCAACAUGUGACGCAAACGGAUGUCACCGAAUCGACGGAACCUGCCUGUCUCAAUGUUUGCCUGAGUACUACGGCGGAAAUUGUUCUCUUUCUUGUAGUUCGAACUGUAAGGGUGGUCUAUGUGCUCGGUCGUCAGGCAUUUGUUCUGAAUGCAAAGAUGGUUACUUUGGAGAAAAAUGUGAGACUCUUUGCAGUACGGGAUGUACUGAUAACGCGUGUGAUCAAAAUACCAGUGUAUGUAAGUCUGGUUGUAAACAAGGAUUUUACGGCGUAAGAUGCGACAGGGCUUGCGUUGGAUGUAGUGAAUGCUUUCGUGACACAGGCUACUGUGCCAACUGCACUUCAAGUAAAUACGGAACCAUCUGUCAGUUUACAUGUAGUUUUAAUUGUAAGUUGUCUUCGAGCGGGCAACUGAUGUGCGACAAGGACUCUGGGGCAUGUCGUUAUCAAUGUAGAGAUGGUUGGUGGGGAGCAAAAUGUGAUCAAGCAUGCAACAGAGGUUCGGGGUGUCAAAGUUCUGCAUGCGAUAUCAAUACGGGA